UGAACAUUGAACAACCCUGAACGACGCUAUCCUACUUAUAUCCAUCGUCAGCGAAUCAACAUGUGUGCAAGAGCUGUUAAUUCCCCUUCUUUGCUUUUCCCCAGUCAUCAUGGCUACAGCUUUGGGGGUGGCAUCCGCCAUCUACAGUCUCGCUGAUCUGACCUAUAAAUCUAUUUGCUAUAUCCGGUCUGUCAAAAACGCACCAAAGGAAGCGCAGGACGUUGCGAGAGAAUUGCAGGCGAUGAACGUUUAUCUUAGCGAUCUCAAGGAUCUCCUGAAAUCAGGCGGCGAGAACAAACCAUGGGCAGAGUCUCUAUGUCGACUCGAUACAGAUGGGGGAUCUUUCACCCGAAUGAUUGUUCUUUUGACGACGCUCUCUCAGAAGAUCAAAAAACCCAAGUCAAGAUGGCUGAAGCUCAAGAAUCGAACCAUGUGGCCUAUCAUUGGGAAGGAAGAAGUCGAAAACUUGAUUCAGUCCAUAAGACGAGUUAUUGCUCUGUUAAUGGCAGCGGUUCAAUUAGAUGGGAUAAAGCUCGACAUUGCUAUCAAGGAAGACUUGGAGGCAGUUCGUGCGGAUGUCAGAGUGGUUCGGGACCAUACAGCUUUCCUGACAACUUUCAUGCUGAAAAUGGUCCACCCGGGUGGAGAGUUUGACAUGAUCAGUAGAGCGCCUCGAGAUAGAAGCAAGUCCUUAUCGUCUUUGCGAUAUACGCUUCAGGUGUAUUGACCGGUUAAUCCAGACUACGACCAUUUCGUGGAUAUCAGCAGAUGGCUUCUUCGUAUCUUAGACCCCGACUUAUGUCAUUCUUUUUCCAACAAUGUGUCAAAGCUUGUCUUCUCAGAAAAGUUGCAUAAUAGUUUAGUGGAGUACUCUAGCUUUGUUAUUCCGAAAUGCCAAAGACUUUGGGUCCAACAGCUUCCGGUAUCUGAUCCUAAACAGAUGGACAUAGUCAGGUAUACUUCGAAAGGUAAGUAGCCACAAUUUGCUGCACUUCCCUGUUCAUUUUCAUGACGAUGUUAUUCAAGGUAACGACAAUGAGU